AUGUUUCCUGCAUAUUCCAAAUGUCCCCACAAUGCACUCAGUAUGCUAAAUACUUACCUCAUAAGUAUCCAAAAAAGGUCCAUCACAACUCAAACCCAAAACAAACAAGUAAACAGAUUUAAUAAUGAGAAAAAAUUUCCACCUUCUUUAAACGGGGCGUUAACAAGCGCACAACUCACCUGGCUAUCUAAUUGCACUCGAAGACAAUGGAAUCUUGACUCUAGAAUGUCCAAACCCGUGGUUCCACUGGCGGAGAAAGAUGAAUUGAAACUUGAAGAUGAUGGUGGAGAAGAAAGUGGAUUAGUGGCAAUAGAUGAGCUUCCCGAAGGUAACAGAUUUGAGGUUGACACCGAGGAGGUUUGA